AUGAAAGAAAAAUGGUUAAAAGUAAUUAGGAAUCAAAGACAUGAAGACGAUUGGAUGCCUACUACUUAUUCUAAAGUGUGCUCCGAGCAUUUCCUAACAAGUGAUGUUUAUAUUACAAAAAACAAUUUACGAAGACUGAAAAAAACAGCAGUUCCUGUAAUUAAAAAAGAAGAACAAAAUACCAUAUUAUCAUCACCGUCAAGUUUGCAAAGAGUUAUUGUAUCCGACGGGGAUUCAAUUUUUGAUACUCCUCGAAAAACAUUUUUGAAAACAAAACUUAGAAAAUUUUCUCUGGAGAAACGCUGGCUCCAGUUAAACAAUUACAAUUUAAUUAGGAAAAACAAAAGAGUCAAAGAAAAGUGUAACAAUUUAAAGCAAAUUGUGUCAGAGCUCAAAAAGAAAAAAAUAUUUUACAAUACAUCAGAUAAAAGAACUAAGUCUUAA